UAGUUUUUAUUUGACAGUUGAACUAGAUUCUGAAAUAUCAUUACUACCUUAGGCUUAACUGCUGAACUGGCAUACAUAUAGCAUUACUGCAUUGAGACAUAAAACCGAUGGCUUUGAUGAAAGAUACAAGUUUGGCAAUGUGGCUGGAUCCACCUGUUGAUUUCAGUCAGAGUUUGCAGGAAAUUGAAAAGUUGGAAAAACAAUUGUCAUGCAAUUCAUGCAACAAAUAUAUGACGGAGCCAAUAACGUUAUGGAGUUGCGAUCACAUAUUUUGUCAGGAUUGUAUAGAAACAAUGAAUGACAAAUGUAAGGUCUGUAAUCUCCCAUGUUGGCCUGAAGAUCAAACAGAAAAUAAAGCUAUAAUGGAUAUUGCUAGAUUAACAACUUCAUUGAAAGAAUUAUUGGAAGGUUAUAUGCUUGAAACAAACCAAGUCUCUCGUUUAUCGAGGAAAAACAAUGAAAAACAUCCUGAGGAAAAAUCUAAAUCUGAUAAACGAAAUACAGCCGAAAGUACAAAAUCUAAGAAAUCAACAAAUACCCGAGCAGUAUCAAAAAAACGUUCAAAAUUCAAAAUAACGCCAUCAAAACCAUUUCCUGAAAUUACAUCGGAUUCAGAAGACUCACAACCAACUGAAAACAACAACAAAAAUACAGCGAUAAUAGAUGAUGCUAAUAGGAGUCCUGCUAAGAAGCCAAAAGCAAAUGAUGAUACUGAUUCUCACUUGAAAGAAGCCUUAAAUAAUAAUGUAUUUAAUUUUGCGACCCCAUCUCCUCCGCCCAAACGAAAGCGGGCAUUAAUUCGAACUCCUCGCACACCACUAUACACUCCAAAUCGGAAUGUAUCUUCCCCAUCUGGAAUGAAAACACCAAAAACUCCGAGAUCAACAAAGAAGAAUAAAAGGGGAGAGACCUUGCUCCACAUAGCUGCUAUGAAGGGUAAAAUUGAUGACAUGAAGAAAUUAAUAGAGGAGGGAGCUGAUCUCAAUGCUAAAGACAAUGCUGGAUGGACUCCUUUGCACGAGGCUUGCAAUCAUGGGCACAUUGAUGCAGUUCGGCAGCUUCUUGAAUCUGGAGUUUUAGUCAAUACACCUGGUUAUGAAGAUGAAACUGCCUUGAUGGAUGCUGUGUUAAAUAGACAUCUGGCAAUAGUUGAAUUACUUUUACAAUAUGGUGCAGACACGUCUUUGAGAAACUCUCAUGGUCAAACAGCAUUUGACCUUGCGAUUGAUCGAAAUAUAAAAGAUUUAGUAGUGGAACAUAAAUAUGAUAGUCUGGAUAAUACAAGUUCAGAAACUGAACAAUUGCCGGAUUUUGCUCCAGAAGAAAUAAUUAUCAGUUAUUCAAAUUCAGUGAGAUUUGAUAAAGUAAAAACUUGUGCGGAGAUAUUGAAAGCGAUUGUUAAUACCAAAGAUGCGGUUUCAGCUACUCAUUAUAUUGUUCCGAGCUAUGAAGAUGGAAAAGCUCCACGAACCAUCAAGUACAUGCAAGCUGUUGCAAAAGGAAUAUGGAUUGUUAAAUGUGACUGGUUGGAAGCUUGUACUGUAACUGGAGGAUGGGUGGCAGAAAAUAGUUUUGAAAUAUUGGGAUCAAGAGAAGAUAUUUUGAUUGGUGGACCUAAGAAAUCACGUUUGAAUAAAGCAGCACAGUGUCCUGCAGUAUUUCACGGAUGCCAUUUUUAUUUGUCUGGUAAUUUCAAACCACCAAAUGCAACCAAACAACAAUUAGGUGAAUUAUUACAAUCAGCAGGUGGGAUCCUACUGUCACGAGAACCUAAACCUGAUAGUGAUAGCAUUCAAUUAUGCACAAAAGUACCAUACCAUGCACAAAAAGAUUCUGCACAAUAUUUUUAUACAUAUUAUAUAGUGUAUGACGGCAAUCAAGGUAAACCAUCAAGACUGGUUCGUCGUGGAAAAGUAUGCAGUGUUCCUCUCAGUUGGAUAUUCGAUUGCAUAUCUCAAUUCUGCCUGUGUGAAAUUCCAGGAUAAAAAGUUAUAUACAUCCUUUUUCAUACCAAAUU